GCCACUGGAGAGUACACUUCCUCGCACAGUGGGCUACGCAUCCAGCAAAACAAACCUGGGGAAACUAUACGACAGGACCAUUUCUUACGGGCUCCGAGGAGGCAAAAAAGUGUGGAAAUACAGUAUCUUUUCUGGCGUCAAGGUUUCUUUUCUUUCUCUGUCCCCCCGCUCUCGCAACACGAAGACGACUUGGGAAAACAUAAUCGACAACAAAACACAGCUGUGAUGGACAUAAUGAUUGCGGUGCAGGAUGCUUGCGUCUCCGGUCAGUGGCUUACUGCGAUAAUUCUCAGUCUGUGCUGCCUUCUGCCGUCCUGCUUGCCCGCUGGACAAACUGUGGACUAUUCCUCGGUUGAAAGUGUGGUCAGCAGACAGGGCGACACGGUGCUACUGAGGUGCUACCUGUUGGAUGGGAUCUCUAAAGGAGCCUGGUUGAACCGCUCAAGCAUCAUAUUCGCAGGGAAUGACAAGUGGUCUGUGGACCCACGACUGUCCAUUGUGUCCAGCGGCGGGGACAAACACGAGUACAGCCUUCAGAUACAGAAAGUGGAUGUAACCGAUGACGGCCAGUACACAUGCUCCAUUCAGAGUGAACGCAACCCACGGCCAAAGCUCCUCAACCUCAUUGUGAAAGUUCCUCCCAAGAUAUAUGACAUUUCCUCCGACAUCACAGUAAACGAGGGCAGCAACGUGUCGCUCAUCUGCACAGCCAGUGGGAAACCUGAGCCCACCAUUUCCUGGAGACACAUAACCCCAUUAGCAAGGAAAUAUGACAGCGGUGAAUAUCUAAACAUCACUGGCAUCACAAGGGACCAAGCCGGGGACUACGAAUGCAGUGCUUUAAAUGACAUCGCCUCUCCUGACACCAAGACAGUAAAAGUCACAGUCAACUUUGCCCCAUCUAUCCAUGAGAUGAAAAGCCAUGGUGUUGGUUUGGGACGCACAGCUCUGCUAAGGUGCGAGGCAGCUGCUGUGCCUGUUCCCACAUUUGAGUGGUACAAGGGUGAGAAAAGGAUUAUCAAGGGUCAGGGCAUCGAUAUCAAGAACCUCAGCUCCAGAUCAGUCCUCACAGUGACCAACAUGACAGAGGAUCGUUAUGGAAACUACACGUGUGUCGCCUCCAACAAGCUCGGGACAGCUAACGCCAGUGUGCCUCUCAUUCCCCCAAACACUGCACCCUAUGGGAGCACAGGAAGUGCACAAGUCCCGCUGGCCUGCCGGUACCUGGUCCUGGCUCUCUCCUCCUUCAUCAGCGUGUACUAGCAGAGGGCGGCGCAUACACAAUGACUGUCAAGAGCAUUUAUGAAUCCUUUUUGACAUUGCUGAUGGCUGGAAUCCAAUCUGGUACAGUUUAUCGAAAGCCGUGAGGGGAAAAUAAUCAGCAUUACUUUGUGUGGGGAAAACUUUUUUUUUUCCUUCUUUGUUUUCAGUGAAAUUUCUCUCAUGUAAAUACUAUGAUAUGAGAUGUUUAUUUGUUUUUUGGUUUUUUUUUUAUUAUUAUUAUUAUUUUGUCUUUCUUUUUUUUCUAUUCUGAUUGAUUGACCACCUUGUGAAUCAGUGCUCAUGCCACUCCCCACCCCCAUCGAAGACCCCCCCCACCCCAAAGCUCCCAGAUGAGUUACUUUCAUGCCUCUCUCUCUGUCUCUCUCUGUCUCUCUCUCUUUCUCUCUCUCUCUCUCUCUUUUACUCUCUUCCUCUCUCUCUCUGGGAGGCGAUGGCACGGAAUUGACAUUUUCAUCUCUGUUUUUGUAAAUGGCUAAAAAGAAGCAAUUGUGCCAAGUCUCUCAGUACACACAAUUAUCAUACCAAUGUUGUAUUCAGUAUUGAAUGUAUUAUGGGUUGUUGAACAAAGGAAAGACAUAUAUUUAGAUUCUUAACAAUACAAAUUAUGAUUAUGGAGUGCGCUUAAAAAAAAAAAAAAAGAAAAAAGAACAAAAAAGAAAAGAACAAAAAAGGCAGGACUUUUUACAGGAUCUGUGUUGUCAUGAUUACUCGAUAGCUGGAUGAACAAUGUGGAAGGUGUGCUUUGUUGUAUUCUGAAAUGGGUCCUUCAAUUAUUACGCCUGCCUCACAUCUUCGAUCAGGCAGCCGUCAAAGUAGCAAAGUAUACUAUAUCGUGUCUUUAUAUUUUAAUAUAGUGUAGGCUUUUGUUUAAAGUGGGACCAGCUUUCCUCAUUUGACCAAGAACAUUAACCAUCAUUAUGGAACCAGAACACAGUUCACUACUUUGUACAGAAUGAAGGGAGGAACAUCGCUGCCCUAUGUUUACAUGCAUUUUUUUUUUUUUUUUUUUGUAUGAAAAAUAAGUAUUAUAUUCUCCAUGAUUUCUUUUUUUUUUUUUCAGUGAGUCCAUCUUGGUGAAUGUCACAACAACUAAACUGUUGCAGUUGAGAGGAAAUAUGGGGAAACUGUUUAUAUUGUACAUUUUCAAAAAAAAAAAAAAAUGGUGUGCCCCGAGCAGAGCCCGAAUGAAAUUGUCUGCUUUCUCUUAAAAAUGCGGUUUGUACCUUUUUUUUUUUUUUUUUUUUUUUUUUU